CAUGGGCAGAAAUAGGUGCUGCCCCAGGGUUGUGAGGAGCAACUGAUUAUACAUUUUGGGGUUAGUAGAAGGAAAAGGGAGGGAGGUUCCAAAAGGAAUUUUACAUGCUAAAGAAGACUCACAGGAUACAGGAGGCCUUGCUCUUGUCAAACUAAGGUUGUUUUUCCCCCUAGGAAGACAUUAACAUUAAGACAGGAGCUUCCUGGAGGAAUAUACUCUGUCUGCCUCAAAUAUUUGUCAAUGGGUUGAAGGUUAUAAAAACAUUUAAUUUUAUCUACAUUUCCCUCUGCCCUUGUUUCCCACAUCAAUGCCAACUUUCAGUGGGCCAAAAAAAAGUCUAACACAUCUAUUAACUACUAAGGCAGUCUUACUAGGUCACAGUCAGUACCCCUUGAGUCUCAUAGGUAGGAAAUGAGGUCAGGGAAACCAGGGUCACUCUCUGGAGGUAGGACCAAGCCUGGGUACACAUAACUAGUCCCAGCACCUCGCAGUGAUGACAGGAGCUCUGGCUGUCAGUUGUGUGAGUAGAUAUGACCACACAUCAGGAAAGGAUAAAGAGGAACUGAAGUGGGGAUGCUUGUCCUCUCUUCCCAAAAGUCUUCCUGAUCAACUAUAAGAAAUCAAGAGUGAAGAGACAUUUAUUCAAAGUCCAGCAGACUGCCCAACUGCCCUUUACAGUGCAAACAGGAAGAAAGAGCCUACAGAAAAGCCAUGGCCACAGCAAAGUCCACCCCUGAUGAGCCCCUGAUGAGAGGCAAAAGAAGGCAUGAUCUCCAAGAGUUGCUGACUGAAGUAGGCUGGUUACCCAAGCUGCAGGAACAACUAGAUGUGACCUGUGCUCAGGCCUUACAACACCUUGAAGAAAAAGACCUCCAGAACCUCAAAUCCCAAGCACAACAUUCCUGGGAGGAAAGAGCCCUAGAGAAACUUCUUAAACUGUCACACUCAAAUAGUCUUUCAGAGUCACAGGAGUCUCAGUUGGAAAAGAGAAAGAAAAUGCAGAAGCAGGCAAAGCAGGCACUGCAGGAGCAAAGAGACUUGCUGUCAGAAGGGAGGCAGCAACAGGAUGAAGCAGUGAGGAAAAGAGAGGCAGAGCUGAGGAAGGCAAUGGAGAGCCCUGAAGAAUACUGGCCAUCUCCCCAAAAGUCCCUAAAAGAGGUCAUGGAAAACAAUGAGAAACAACUCAACCUCGUGGAGGGGAUACUGUCUCACAGGCAAAAUCUCCCAGAUAGAGAUCUGGUGAGAUGGGCAUCUGGAGGGUUGGCCCUGCAGGGAAUUUACAAAACCAGAGACCAAAGGGGUCUGAUAGAGACGAGAGAGGAACUACUCAGUGUCCCAAAUGAGUUCUCACUCUAUGGCCCUGAGCAGGGCUCACGGAUUGAAACAAAGGAGUUUACAUCUUCUCAAGCAGAAGCCAUGUUCACCCAGACUAUAGAGAAGCUAGGCUUCAGUGCAACUACUGCAGCCAAGGGUGAAGGCUGGGGAUUUAGCCUGGAAGCUAGUGUAGAUCACAGCAAACAUUCAGAAUCUAAGAAAACCCAACAAUCACAUUCUGAGCACUCUUAUUUUUGCUCAGCCAAGUUCAGCUAUAUGCCACUGGCUUCCUGCCGCUUUCCCAUUGAUCAGCUCCAGUUAUCCAAGGCUGCUCUGCAAGAAUUGAAAUGCAUUGAAGACCUUCUGGGUCAGUGUACAGGCCCAGACAGAUUCCUCUUACUGAAGUCCAGGACAGAGGCCUUCUUCAAUAGGUUUGGUUCUCAUGCUAAUCAGGGCCCUCUGCACCUGGGAGGAAUCUACUGGUGGAAAGCCAUUUCAGAGGGUUUCCAAAGUGAGCAACUGGCAGAAGUGAAACAGCAGUCAGCAGAAGCCCUGGAUAUUUAUAUCAGGGGCAGCUACAGUGGCUUUGGAAUGCAAGUUGCUGCAGGUGUGGACAUGACAGACUCUCAUUCAAAAAUGAACUCUCAGAGCACAAGCUUCCAAAAUCUCCAAACACAAAUCCAGUUAUCUGUGGCCCAGACAGGUGGCCCACCAGAAGCAAAUGGCCUUUUCCAGUGGAAAGCUGGCCUAGUUGCCAGUAAUCAAACCUGGUGUGUCAUUGACCGGGGAAUUCAACUGGUGCCCAUUUGGGACAUCAUCAGCUCCAGCCACAGAAGUGAUUUUAAGAAUCCAUUUCAGGUAGCUGACUUCCUGAAAGAAUGCUAUACUGCUCUGACUGGCCUGACUACCCAGAUCCAGAGUGGAGAGGAAUUACUCAGUAUUGUGAAGGAGGCUAGGGUUUUCCUAGAGGAUGUGAAAUCCUGGGAGGUAUCUAAUCCUGAAGAGCAGCUUAAAAAACUGAUAAAUUUCAUGCAAAUGUUGAGUCAAAAAACAAAAGGUUAUGACACUUGGAUUAACAUAUGCCUCACAGAUGGGGACCUACAGAAUUUUCUGGUAAACACUGUCAACUUUUGCAAAAGAUCUUCCAGUUAUAAAACAGAAUUUAUUAAAUCUCAAUUGCACAGCCUUUUGGAUCCUCACAUUUAUAGUGUGACAAGCUUUCCUCAGGCUCAAUCCGUCAUGCAGUGGAUCUUCUCAUCAGAGCUGAAGAAGAAGCACGUCUACAUCUCUGAAUUUUCUGAAUUAAUUAAAAUCUUGACAGAAGCCAAAAAUGACUUCAUGGAAGCAAAGGCCAAAUCUGAGACCCCAGAAACAGUGGAAGAAGCACAAAGAAAGGCCACUUAUGAGGUCAGCCAGUCUCUACGAUGCUUCUUGAAUUACCUGCGAGAAACAGAGCGGGCAGACGUACAGCUCUUGCUACUUUCUGUUGCAGUGGGUGCAGGUUAUCACAUGGUAAAAAAUACUUUUCAGUAUCUUCUGGGAUGUGAGGAGCUGAACUUCCUGCUGCAGGAAAUGCAAACUGCCUAUGAUAAAUACCAGAAUCUCAAAAAUAUUUGCAGCUACAGGGCUCAGGCAUUCCUGCUGCUCACAGGUCUGACAGCCACUGUUGGAGUUACAGCUCUUUCUCCAAAGGAGAAAACGCAACGCUUGACACUUCUAAGACAGCACAUGGGACAAUUCUUGUCUAAAGAAGUUGAACAUGUCCUCACCAAACCUGGAGCACAUCAUGAUUGGGAAAACCUAGAGAAAGACUUGAGAUUGCUCAUUGAUGGGAAUUAUGAAGUCACCCUGUCUUCAUUGCAAAUAGAUGAUGUGAGAAAAUAUUUGCAAAGUAUCUUCCCUGAAAAGGAACCACCUCAUGAACCACAUGAUAGUGAAAGCAACAAAUUGGAGGCCAUAGAAAAUGAAGCCUUCUUAGAAUUACUCCAGAGUCUAGGUUUGGAACACUACUACCCAAAAAGGAUGAGCAGAGCUACCUUCCACCUGAUCCACAAGACUUCUGUGUAUAACACCCAGCCCAGGUCUGAGCAGGAGCUUCCCUUCUACUUCCUGCAGAAGCUAUUAAUGCUGGAUUAUGGGCUGAGAUACCUGGUCUUCAAAGACGAUGGAAACACAGAGAAGCAAGUCCAUCCAAGUGCCUCAAAUCAAAAAAAUGAGGCUUUUGAUCCAUAUGAGGACAUAUUUGAAGAGAGUGAUAGUCCCGCUAACCCUUCAGCCACUCAUCCCAGGUCCCACGUUCACCCUAUGGAUAUUCAGAUGGCAGUUCUUCACUGUACAGAUGAUUAUGCCAGACAGUAUAUUCUGUCCAAACUUGCCAUUUGUCAGUUUGCCCUCCCACUGCUUGUACCUAAUCCCUGCAAUUCUCAGAUUGAAUUCUCUCUCUGGUCUCUCAGCCAAAUUAGGAGAAGCUGGCGGCAAGCAAGGAAAUCAUCAAAAGAGAAGAACAAUUACAACAAUCAGCAGAUGUGUCGUGUCCCUACUCCCAUUGUGUCCUUUAUUAGAGUUGGAAAGGGCUUCUCUGCCUCCAAAUCUCAGAUCAUGAACUGUCUACUCAGUAAACGUAAAUAUGAUAUAUUUUUUCAUCGGCAUUGCAGGGGGAGCAGCAAAGACUGUCUCUUGAUGGAGGGUGUAGUAGAAAUCUGCUGGUAUUGUCCUGGGGGGGAAGAUGAGGACAGCUUUGACAAAUGUUUGACCUUCACCAAUCUUCAUGGAGAUGCCAAGGACCAUGAGAAGCAGCUUGCCUUCCUGCAGGAGAUCUCUUCCGUCAUUGUGGUGCUCAUGGCAACUUCUGAUGACAAUACAGAAAACCGAAAACUUGUCCGUGGCCUGUGUCAGCUACCAAAACCUUUGAUCUUUUUGCUUGAUAACAAAGAAAAAACCAUGGCCAGUACUUCUGGCCAAAGAGUGAGAAUUGGCAUCAGGAAUCGAAAUGAGGCAGAAUUAACAGAGGAGCUCAAAACUACAAUCAGAGAUUUGUUAGAGCUCUCUCGCACUGCUUUUAGCUUAGAGGAUUGUGCCCAGAUUGCACGCAGGCAAGGAUUUCUUAUUGAUGAAGACCAGAGUGACUGCAAGGAAGCCAAAGAGGAGGCAGAGAUUCUCAUGGCCCUACUAGGAGACAUGCCAAUAUCUCAGAUGAAGAAAAAAUUACUACCCCUUCAGGGACGACUGUGGCAUCAUUGGUGUAAGAAGGACAAAGAACUCUAUCAUCUGAGGGAAAAGGGAAAUCAGAGUAUUGAACAACACAAGAGUGAAAUCGAGGCAGAGAAACAAAGAAUACGAAGUCAACAAUUGAACAAAGCCUUUCCUCCCAAUGAGUUCAUGCAUUCUGUCCUUGAAAUUAUCCAAAAACGUUCAGGAAUUCAUAACAACCUCUACUUCUUACAGUGGCUGAGUGUGUUUUUGGAAAACCUGACUGCAGAUCACUUGGAAAAACUGAAUUAAAAGAAAAAGGCUUUGUGCUCCCAGGUACAAAGAGGAAAACAAAAGGUACCAGAGAAUGCCUCCCUAAAACAGUGGCAAAAUAAUAUAGAAGCUAUUUCUGCAGAGAUUAGUGACUGCACCUUGGGAAUUGAGCAGAUUCUCAGAGAAAUAGGCCAGAUGUAUGAAGCUCUGGAAGAAAUUUUUUCCACCAAAGAUACACUUUUUCUCUCCCUUCCCCAGAUUGUUGCAGAUCUAAUGAUAUCUGGUGUUCCUAUUGAGCUGAUGGAUGGGGAUGCUUCAUAUGUGCCCCUAAAGUGGGUAGCAGCUAUUUUCGACAAGGUCUCUGAGAAACUUGGAGACAAACGGCUGUUUGUUCUCUCUGUCCUUGGCCUGCAGAGCUCAGGGAAGUCCACCCUGCUGAAUGCCCUUUUCGGGCUACAGUUCGCUGUCAGUGCUGGGAGGUGUACCCGGGGAGCCUACAUGCAGCUCGUGAAGGUGGAGGAGACAUUCGCAGAGGAACUCGGCUUUGACUUUGUGCUUGUUGUGGACACAGAAGGACUUCGGGCCCCAGAACUCAGCAACAAAUCCCAGAAGCAUGACAAUGAGUUGGCAACCUUUGUUAUUGGCCUUGGAAACUUGACUCUGAUCAAUAUUUUUGGGGAAAAUCCAUCAGAAAUGCAAGAUAUUCUACAAAUAGUUGUCCAAGCCUUUCUGAGGAUGAAACAAGUAAAAAUCUUCCCAAGUUGCCUUUUUAUCCAUCAGAAUGUGGAAGAAGUUAUGGCUAAAGAACAAAAUAUGGAAGGACGAAGGCAGCUGGAACAGAGACUAGAUGAAAUGGCAGCAACAGCAGCUGAACAGGAACAGUGCUCAGAGGUAACCUGCUUUAGUGAUGUCAUUAAGUUUGAUGUCAAUACUCACGUCUACUACUUUGCUCACCUCUGGGAUGGCAAUCCUCCAACGGCCCCUCCCAAUCCUCGCUAUAGCCGCAAUGUUCAGGAACUGAAAAGCAGAAUUCUUCUGACAGCCAAACAAGAAUGUAGGGGAGGCAUCAUGAAGAUAUCAGAUAUAAAAUUCCGAGUUCAAGAUUUGUGGAGAGCCCUGGUGUGUGAGAACUUCAUUUUCAGUUUCAGGAACACACAAGAAGUCAUGGCCAUGAGCAAACUGGAAACCAUGUAUAACUCCUGGACCUGGGAGCUGAGGAGUCAUGUGCUGGGCUUGCAGAACCAGCAGAUCAACCAGAUUCAGAAUGGACUAAUCCAGACAUUCAGAAAAAGCACACUUGAGGCUCCAGUGACAGAAAAAUAUGAAGGCAUCAAGCAAGAACUUGAAAAAUAUUUUAAUGAAGAUCCAGAUAGUGAAAUACUGAUUCAGUGGAAAGCAAAUUUUGAGAAUAAGCUACUACAGCUUAAAGAGGCACUUAUUUCAGACACCCAAAAGAAAGCUAAUGAACUUAUUAGUUUUAAGAAAAGUCAAGAAAAAUUAGAUAAGAAAAAGUCAUGCUAUGAAAAGGAAUUAUUAGAAAAAAGCCGAAACUUGGCUUUAACUAUAAAAGGCACAGAACUGAGUGAGGAACAACUACAUGAGAAGUUCAAUCAGCUUUGGGAAACAUGGGUCUAUGAGGUGUCCUCAACUCUCCCUCCAGUCACAGAGCCUGACAUUGAUGUGGAUUCUGAAAACAUCCUUUUGGAGUAUUUCAAAAAGCAGACAAAUAUUUUUGUGGACAAAGUAAAGAGAAAACCCAGAGAAGAGUUUCAAGUCAAAUAUGAUGAACAUGUCCAAAUGAACAAGAAAUUUCGCAUAAUUAAAAAGCAAUUAGAGGACUAUGAUCAAACGUCUAUAGAAAGGACUACCAACCGCAUUGUUUCAAGAUUUACUGAAAUUAUAGAAAACAUUCAGAAGCAAGGGCGUGAUUACGAUCCAAGUUAUUUCCACGAAAUCCUGAGAAUAAUAGAUGGGGAAGUGAAAUCUGCACCUACUGAGGGAAAAUAUACAUUUACAAGUAAAUAUGAAAUUGACUUAUCUUUGUGUUUAUUCCAAAAAGCAUCAGAAAAUUUUAGGGAGAUGCACAGGGCAUUCAAGAAUGCACAUGAUCCGGUAAACUACCUGGAAAGCAAGAAAGAGGAUUUCUUCAUGAGUUUUAAAAUCUCGUGUCAAGGAGCAACCUCAGUCAAAACAUUUGUUGAUUUUCUGUGGCAGAAACUCACUCCUGCUGUCUCCAACACCAUAUGGGAAAAAACGGCCCCCAGAAUUGCUGGGGACAUACGAUCUACUUGCCCCGCUUUCAACGGAAACAGGGCUAACCUGGAGAAACAUAUUCUCAUCUCUCUGGCUGAAGAAGAAAUUUUUGAUAACUACUGGAGUUACCUUCACGAUUCAGAAUCAUUUUUUAGGAAUUACAUUAAAAAGCAUAUUGAAACAUAUUGUUCAGACCAGGGAAGUGAAAAAAUAAGGACUUUCUUAAAAAUAAGUUUAGAUGAUAUCAAGAAUGCCAUCCUCUCAGCUAUUCAUGAACCCAUAAUAAGAGCUGAAGAUAGAAGCAGCACUGUGUCUGAGUGGUUGGAUGUGUUCUGUGAUCAACUGGGGAGUAAUCUGAUCUUCCCACGAAAAGAUCUGAUAAGCAUUGAACACCAGGAGAUAAAAGAUAUUGAGUUUCUCAAAGAAGCUAUGAGUGAAGCUUUGGAUCCCACAAUGAAGAGAGUAGAACAGAACUGUUUGUUGGUACAAGAAAUGGUUCCGCGAAUUGAGAAAAUGCUCUCUGAACAUCUCUGUGGCUGCUGGAAACAGUGUCCCUUUUGUAGAGCAAUUUGUACAAACACAAUCCCUACACAUGAAGGAGACCACCGUGUUCCCUUCCACCGUCCUCUCGCUGUCGGUGGAUGGCAUUUUUAUAAAACAGACGACUUUGUUAUUGAUCACUGUACUAAUUUGGUAGCAAGCAAUGUUUUCUUAGUUUUGAGCGAUGACCGAGAAAUCCCAUAUAAGAACUAUCGAGAGGCAGGAGGAGACUAUGCCACGUGGAGCAUCACCCCAGACUCAUCCUCCCAGCCAUACUGGAAAUGGUUUGUCUCUCACUUCAGAUCAAACCUAGAAGCAAAAUAUCAGAGAAAAUUUAAAAACAAAUGUAAAAUCCCUGAUGCAUGGGCCCAAAUCAAAAAGCAGGAUGUACUUGAUUACUUGAAAAAACAGUAAAAUCCAAUGACCACAAAAGAGCCCCAGUAUCUGAACAAAAGAGUCCCUAUUUGGGAACCUGGACAAUCCUAAAAUACCUUCUCCUCACAAAAGGAACCCUCAUUAUUUCCUUUUUACGAAUGAAAAAUCUAAAAAUAAGUCAACUAACAUUUCAAGAGUUGAAGAUUCCCUGUGAAAAGACUUCAUUCUUCUUUGCCUCAAUUCAUUCUGGUUUAAAAACCACUUACUAAAAUAUAUGAACACAUGAUAAAAUCAAAUAAAAUCCAUUUAAAGUAUCCACAGCAAAUUUUAAACUAUUAUUCAGAAUGUUUAUAUUUUGAAAUAUAGACUGUUAUGUAAAGUCUCAGAUAAAGUCAUUUUCAUAGAAGGAAAUCAGAACCAUUGCAGACUGCUACAAAUUACUAUAGAAUAAAUAUCUGGGUAUUUCAACCAAUAUACAGUUCUUGACUGUAAGCUACCAAUAACCUUUUUUUUUUUUUAAU